GGUAAACUAGAAAAAAUGACAGUGUUAGUAGUACAAUGUUGGCACGCGACAAUGGUCCUUUGACAGAAAUUCAAGCUCAAUGAAUCAACGAAAUAAUAAUCAACAGACCAACAGUUAUUGCGACAAUGUGUGGUAAUGGAAGGAGAAACGAACAGGAUUCUGAGGUGACUCCCAGUUACAGCAUAAACAAACGCAUUUGUACACUUUAUUUAUUUUAUCUGAAAAUAUUAACGAUUAAAGACAGCUUUCUGAUAAUGUGAGGAGCUAAAAAAUGGAAUUUGCGAUAGUACAAAACCCAACAGACUGCCAAUGAUUCCAGAAUGUGUAGACACGAGAGGAGAAAGUACUUCUAGAAUUCCAAAUUGCUAGACCGGCCACAAAGCCCUGAAAAGAUGGAGCAAGAGGUGAACUCGACACACCCGUCGUUCUCGGGUCUGGAGCCAGCGAGUUCCUACUGGAACUACUCAGACCAUGUGAUCCUGGACGACCUGAAAAUGGACAGUAAUUUCAUCUACCUCCUGUGUUCCCUGGUGUCAGCGAUCUCCUGGCUGAUCUACAUAACAUACUACAAUUCCCGAGUGAUCGGUUUCAUCCUGACACGUCUUUUGAAUCGUUUCAUAAUCCGAGACGGUUACGUGAAGGUUGGAGCCUUUACCCUGAGCGCCCUGAGUGGAAAGAUAAUGUUCCGAGACAUCGUGUACAUAACGACAGACUACAGCCUCAGAAUCCAGGACGGUUGGUUGAUCUUCAGAUGGUGGAGAAGUUACGUUCCAAAAGAUGUCUCUGAAGAUCUCUCCCACUCGGACACUCGUCUCUCAGUUCUGUUGAAUGGCUUUGAGCUUCAUGUUUACAACAGAUGCGAGCUGUAUGCCCACCUGGAGGAAACAUUUGGCCUCUCCCCGCAGAUGUUCCCCGACGAGGAGUCCAAUCACAACAAUCACAUAAACGAGAAGGACUCGUCGUCUAUAAACAAUGCAGCCAAUGAUUUUCGUCAGCAGAUAAAUGCAAUGGAUGUGUCAAGACACGUGGAGAACAUCAGAAAGCAAGAGGCACACGUGAUAGCUCGAACGUGGAGGGAUUUGAUACCGGUGAUAAAGCUAGACGUCUGUACAGGGAGACUAGUAUUUGGUAAUCGUCUGGUCCCCACAACUCUCUCCCUCACUGUCGAGGAGGCUCACUUUGUCUAUUCUACCAAACCAGCGGCCUCCAGACACGAUCAUUUUAUGCAUUUUACCAAGUGCAAGGCUGAGAACUUCAAGGUAAUUCUCGCACCCUCCCCCAAGUACACAGGAAUGGUGGACGAUCCACCGAGGUACAUGGGGGAGGGUUUCGUCGUUCUGAGUUCCAACAAUAUGGAGGUUUAUUAUUAUAUGGACGAGCCAGGGGUUGUCCCAGAGCAUCCUGAGAUGAUCAGACUGGCUAAUGGAGAUAUGGUGGAGGCAAUGCCCCCCAUCUGGGGGAUUGACGUUAAGUGUGGAAAGGGAACUGAUUUCUCUUACGGACCCUGGGCUGACAGACAACGGGAGCAUCUCUUCAAGUUCUUCUUCCCCAAUGAUUAUCAACCCCUCAAGGUCACUAAGGCGCCGUCCCCAGGGGACAAACGACAGGUCCAGUCUUUCGAUAUCAGACUGUCGACUCUCAAUGAGGCAACUGUUGACAUUUUAUUCAGUAAAAAUAGAGAGACCAAUGCUGUUCAUGUUAAUGUUGGUCCUGGAUCUUAUCUCGAGGUGACGAUGCCCUGGAUUGUAUUGCAGGACGGAUAUACCACGAAAAUCACUGGACAGCUGUUGCAUCUCGAGGCAACAACGAGUCUGCAGUACCGAAGUCUCGUGGAGAGUGAGACACUGGAGUUUGGGGUGAAGUGCCAUUAUCCCAUCAGGUGGAAUGACCACCAGGAGUGGACGUUGAAUUUAACUGGAUGCAAGGCAACAGCUAAUUUGGUUUACUCUCACAAGGAGUUCUUCCAGGAUAUGAUAAACGACUGGGCGAGCAAAACGAGACCGGAUAUCUUGCAUUUUGUCCCUUACACCUGGAAGUUUAGUCUUCUCCUUAAAGAAUUCGAGUUGAUAACGAUUUGUAAUGAAUACAACUGGAUUGACUGUUCGUCUCAGAACCAGGAGAACGCCCACAUCGCCUUCUGUGGGGAUUUCUUUGAGUUGUCAUUCAGCCUUCCCUUCGUCGAUUUUCUCCCAGUGACGAUUCCCCUGGGCUUUUGGAUCCAGGGGGAGAGUGUUGAUUUGUCUCUCUACCUGCCUGAGGUCAAUACAAGUAGGAUAAUUCUCUUGGCACUGGACAAAAACGCCAAGAUCAUGACGAGGGAUGGAACGUGCAAGCAGCUAUCGGAUCUGACGACACAGAAGAAGUGGAGGAAUGUGUGCCAGAAGAGCCUGGGGUGGAUCGACUGCUGGAGUGUUCCAAUCGUCGCCAUCAGUAUCCACUACACGUACCAUCCUUGUCCCCCACUGGGACCAACACCCCAAGCCAACAUCACAACCCCAGAGAAGGAGGAGAUACUCCUGUCCCCCAUGAGAAUCCCCAGGUGCAGAAAGUCACCAGGACUCCAGUGGACUCAGGAUGGCAGCCAGAAAUUUGAUCCCCAGUCGAUAGCCCCAGACAAAGUCAGUUUAGAACUCGAAAUUGGACCCUCAACUCUCAUUAUCUACGGUUCCCUCAUCAAAAAUUUUCUCCACCUGAAGGAGAACAUCUUCGGCGAUUAUCAGGCGUUCACAGACAUGCAACAGAGUCGUCCAACGGUCCAGAGUACCGAGAGAAAGGACAGGGAUAAUCAGAACAGCUCGGUGGAGGCGUCAGUGGAGGACGAGGACGCCAAAUCCUCGAAGCCCUUCGAUCCCAGACAUUAUCGGCCCAUUGAAGUCACUGUUGGUAUCACCAUGCACGAUAUUCAGGGUCAUCUGGUGAAAAAUUGUAGCGAGAAUGAUCCACCCUGUCCUGUAAUUCUCCUGGAGAGAUUUGGCUUUGAGUUGAAGAAGGGAUUUAGGGAGACUGAGCUGCAGCUGUUGCUUUCCCCUGCUGUUCUGCUGUUGACUGAUAAUGUAAUAAGAUCGAGUAAAGAGAGACACCUGACACAGGGCCAUCUGAUGCUAUCUGCCCUCCAGGUGAGGGGCCAUGCCAUGUUCAGCUCUGAGGGACGAAGUUUGGAUCAGGAGACACUGGAGUACGCCUGGUUGAUUGAAAUACAAUUGGGGAAACUCAGUGGUAAAAUCACUUCUCCUCAGUUGCAUCAUCUCGUCACUUCCCUCGAGACUUUUGUCCUGAUGGUGAUGAAUAAGGAGAAUAUUCUCAGACCUCCUGGAUUGCCUCAUCAGUGCCACCAUGGGCUACCACCUCUCCAGUGCCCUGAGAGUGAUGCUGACAGUCAUUACAGGUGUCCCAGUUCAGAGGAUAUCAAGUACAGGAUGACUAGAGUUGCUGUUGAUGCCAUUGAUCUCUAUCUUCAGGAAGCUGGAACAGCUACUCAGCUGUGGAUUUCACCCAUCAGAAUCUCCACGUGCAAUUUACAUGGGCAUCAGGUGAAAUCUGGGGUCACUGGACUCAUGCCAACUGUUUUGAUCAGACAGUUUGUCUAUGGAGGUGGGCAUUUUGCGAAUAAUUCAAAUACCAACACCACUGGGAGUGCCAGGUCCCACACCAACACCAGCAGUCGAAUGUCUGGGGAUGGGGCUGACGUCUGGCUGGAGGUCGGAUCUGUUUCAUUGGGACCUGUUAUCAUCGAGGCUGCCAUCUCUCUACCCACACCUGAGCACAAUCUACAUCUUGUCCAGAACAAGUACCUGAAAACUCACGAUGAGAAAACCAAGAGGCUGUGGUUUUUGUGGCCUCAGGAGAGUGGUGUGAAACCUGCCAAGUGUGGCUGCAUCGGUGGCUGCGCAUUCUUUGGGGGAAAUAGGAAUGGCCCCAGAUUCUUCAAACCCACGUAUCAUGAUCUUCAGGAUGGAAUUAACAUUGCUGCGUACAGACUCUACACGUCAGGAAAAGAAAAAGGUUUCGGCCAGUCAAUUCUCCAAGAGGACAAGCUGGUCUUCCACACACCUCCCUACAGCCUGCAAGACGUCUCCCUCCAGGACACAGUCCAGCCAGGGUCGGGUGUAAAGCCCUCAGUGCUCCAAGAGACCCCUCAGACCUCGAAACCGAGUGUCGAGCAUUCAACAUCAGCCAUAGACUCGACCAACGACGAGAGCCUGAGCACAAAAUUGAGCACAACCUCAGAGAGUCCAACAGGUGAUCGUAAGCUCCUAUCCCGUCGUUUCUCAUACACCUCCAUCAGAAGUCCAAACCUACGAGAUGUUCCUUAUUCACGACUGGUGGACGCCUCUCCCUCGACCCAGCUCCCACAGAAGCUCGACUCAGACUCGAAACUCAAUUCAGAACGAAGUAAAUCCAUCUUGAGUGUUCCAGAGAUGGAGAAUUGUCCGAAAAGCAGUGCCUCAGACUCAAAACUUGCUGUCGACUACUUCACCACUCCAACAGAGACAGAACUCUUGCAGCAGUCAGCGAUUCCCCAUUCCCUGCCAAGUGUCACUGGUGAUCUGAAGUCCUUGAGGAUAGCUCCACUUGCAAAGAGCACCGACAGAGUUAAUGCCUCUGACUCCCAGCACUCCCUCUACACGAGAUCAGAAUCUGAGGACAGACUGAAGCAAGAGGUCCAGAGGACCAUCUCUAUGUCCUCGGAGAACCACUCAGAAGCAUUUUACUCUGCAGACGAGGACACGAGUCACGGUCUAGCAGAGAGCAGAACCUCGAGUCUUCGUCAAUCAAUAGCCUCAGCAGGUCCUACCCUAGUGAGAAAUGACAGCACGAAGAAGAAGUAUUCUUCAGAUCUCUCAAUCGUCGAGAGUUCAACGAUUUUGGUGACAGAGAAAGCUCACACUCUGGAGCGAACAAAGCCCCACACCUCAUCCAGGAAGAGUCCAAAGUCCAAUCAGAAUCGAGAGUUCAAAGGGAAGAGUGGAAAUUCACCGAGUGAACGAAAGAUCUUGGAUUCAUCAGACUCUCAUUCAGGUUCAUCUUCGAGUUUUAUAUCAGCUGUGUCCUCCCAGGAGGAUAUGACUCUCGUCAAUCUCCAUAUGCAGGUGAACAAGCCAAUCGUCGACUCGCCCCUCCUCAUGUCGAGUUAUGUCAGCCACUUGAGUCAGGUAAAGUGCGCCAACUGGCAGCAGUCGUCCUUUCCUUCAUCCAGUGAUGCCUUCACCACUCCAAUGUUCAGGAGAACUGAUGAGGGAAGACUGGUAUACGUUGGGGGAAAAUACGUUCCGAAAUUCGAGACUGUCAGCGAGGGUUUCACCUCCCUGAAGAUGGUGACGAGAAAUGAUAGCUCACCUCUGGCUGGAUCCUCCAACAAAACCCCUACUCAUCCUUAUCUCUGGGAUAACUCAGCACUCAUUCAAUCGGAGAGUGAGGAGGACAACACUGGCAAAGACGAGGAGGAGCUGCUCGCUGUGCAACACGAGACAGGCUCCAGGACCACUGUAAUCGUCAAGCUGAAGGGUGAUGCUGAUAUUAUGCUGAGCCCAAUGGUCCUCGAGUCUCUCCAGCGAUUCAUCGAUGCCCUAACACCAACUCUGGCCAAUCUCCAUCCCCUGACAAUCCUCAAUCACCUGCAUAAUGAGUGCAUUGGAAGAGUCGAGGACGCUAACAUUCUGAAGCAGGAUCAGAGUUUGUCGUAUUGGAGUCAGGUGCAGACGAGCUCGAAGAGAUCGACUGCUGAGAGGAAUGUCAAGCUGGGACAGGGCGAUGAGACGAGCAAAAUAGCUCUCCAGACAAAUGUCUACGAGGAGAGCAUCACAACGCAAGUCCAGGGUAGCAUAAUCCUCCCGAAGAUCAAUAUAACUCUGCUGCAGGCAUCGGUAGUCGAGGAGAUCAUCUCCUUCUCAGCACUCGACAACAUCAGAGAUCUUACCUGUGUAUCGUUAUUCGCCAUUUGCUUGGAUCAAGUGACAGCUCGAUUUUACUUAGAUAAACAGGCGAGGGAGGUGGUGCAGACAUUCCACAAACCGGCUGUUCUUCCUAAUCAGAAGAAAGUCAAUAAAAUCAGCAAGGCUUUUCUCACUGGGCACCAGUCAGCUGCUGUCACUGAUAUUGGAGCUGGGGAGACGGUCUACAUCGAGACCUCUGAGAAGCAGCAAGAGGAGAUUAUCGUCACUCUGAAUAUUGGAAAGGUUCAUUCCCAAUUGAGAAGACUCAGAAACGAGUCGUCGAUCCUCAAGGAUGCUGUCAUCACUGCUAUUCCUGCACACUACUCAAAAGUUCUGUUCACCUGCACGAGGAUAUCAUCACCCCUCAAGUGCAUUGAUUAUUAUCUCCAUCAGCCCAGUGAGGACUCUGGAAGGGAUAAGCAGGGGAAACAGGCAGGGGGUUCUCAGGCCACUGAGGAGUUCACUGGUGGCAAUGGAGAGGAUAAACUCGGAUUUAUUAUGUUUGAAUGUGGCCUUGAGGGGAUUAAACUGAAAGUCGUCAAGAGGUCACAGUUCGAAAAGGGAGAUAAUGGGCAGAAUGAGAAGAAGGAGACCGAAAUUUUUUACACAGACAGUGUCAAGAGUCACGAGGAAAUCGAGACCAAGGACUCGACACCUGCGGCUGAUGAGGAAACCACGAAGAGCGAUAAGAAGGAGGUGGACGAUAAAAAACAAACGUCAACGAGUCUCGUGACUAAAAUGGCAAAUGGCAAUACAGUGUCUUGCAUAAUCGAGUUAAAGACAAUUUGGUUUAAUUUUGCUGCCCCACCCAGAACACCCAUCACCAGGAAAAUCGAUUUCACGAGACUGGAUUGGAAUCUACUGAGCACAGCAUCGCCUGCAAUCAAUGCCUGGAUGAACCCCAGCAAUAGAUUUGCAAUAAGAAUUGUUCACCUGUUCAGGAGCAUGUACAGGAGAUCUACUGCUAUUGUGGCUUGCCUCAUGGCUGAGGCCCUCGAUGUCCAGGGAAUUCACAUGCCCAUCAAGAGCAGAUAUGGCAGACUCACACCUCUGGCUAAGACACUCCAGGAGGAUCCAUCCUGUCAGCUCUGCUCUAUUCUUCAGCAUUACGUGCUGAUGAGUGAGCUGAUGAUCAUUGAUGCCAAUCUGAGGGAAAAUGAACUGCCACUCCUGUCUACCCUGAGGCAGGGAGUGAUUGUCCUCAGUAGACAGUGGAAAAAUGUUCUCUAUACUCCAUUGCUCCUGGAGCACAACUACAAGACCAAACAUGUCAAACCUCUGAAUGUCACAUUCGCUGUCUCUGAUCCUGAUGACGAGAAUUUGCUGACGGACGGUGAAGGUAGUGCUGGGGAUGGAGAUGACCAAGAAGUCACUGACGAGUGCGCCAUGCUCAUCCACACGGAUCACAUGUACAAGCACACGCAGAUUAAAGUUGGACAGGAAAAAUCGACAGGUGAUGGUCUUACGGUGCCAGUGAGUUCACCACGAGGUCGUGAGACAACCCCUCUGUCAACACCGGUACCACAAACAGAUUCAUUAACAUCACCAUCACCCCCUGUUGUACAUACUAAAAGGGCAAAGUCACUUCAACCCACUCAGGUACCGGUCAGUUCACGUGCCAGUAUCGUAUUUCCAUUACUUGCUGGUGGUGGACUGUUCAGUCAGCCCAAGGAUCCUAACAACAUUAGUUAUGGGACCCUGCGAGAAGAAAAACCGCCCCAGAUCCACGUUUCCCAUUCCCAUCAACUGGGCUCCAAUCCCAGCAUUUACUCCGGUGGUCAUGGCAGUCAUCACAGCACUGCCAGUGGUGAUGACAUGACAUCCCCAACCAUUCACCACUCUCGAGGACACAUCAACACCGAGGAAGAUCUCUACAGCUGGAUGGCAAAGCAACAGGAGUUCAUCAAAGAUAACGAUAAGAGUAAUUUGAGGGGCAAUUGGGUCUUUCGGACUGAGCAGAAGGCAGCUAAGGAUUCCAAGAUAAACACAAUGACAACAGACGACACGGAGGAUUCUGACAUGCAGAGUGGAGCGUAUCUCUAUCCGAUGAAAGAUUCACUUCGUCUUCUGGACGCUCACCUGAUCUUUGAGCCACUACUGUCGUCUCUCUCAGUGAUGCCCCAGCAGAUGUUAUCAGCAAUAGGUUCUGGAAAUCUGAACAAUGUCUCGUCCCUGGAUUCCCUGGGUUCGAAUUUAUCGCUGGUGGGGACAAUGGACACAAUGAGGAUUGACAUAGUGGUUUCAGAACUCGGUAAAGUGGUGGACAAGAAGAAGCCCCCGAAGUUACCAAAGAAGGGUUCGAAAUUCACUUUGGAUAUUCCCCCGGAGACGCCAGCGUUCCUCUGUGAGAGGAUUGGAUUAGACAUCGACAUCAAGAAGAUGGCUGACAUGACAGUGGACGACAUGAUUCAACGUCAGAACGUCCUGUACAUUUCCAGAGGGCAACUGAAAAAGCACACGAGUACAGUUGUCAAUUUUAGUCUUCACAUCAGGUACAUCAGCCAGCAGGUGAACAUGCCACUGCUGCGGCUGCUCCACCAGAUCAGCAACAUGUACCAGAACGUCAAAGAGACCCAGAUGGAGUUGAAAGAGCAGCAGCCAGAUCCAAAACGGGGAGCUAAUCCUGUCAGCGAUGAUCGAGCCAUCAAAAAAGGCCUCUCCUCGAACUCUGAUAUCCAAGAGCAAUUGCUCCUCGAUAAAAAGCUAGAGGAGCCCAUCCUGAGAAAGCCCUUCGAUCCCACACAGCCAAAAGUUAUAUCUCCCUCCUCCAGCAUUCGUUCCAGACCCCAGAGUUUUGUUCAGAAAUUCCGAAGCACUGGAAAGAGCGUCAAGGGUUACAUUAACCUGUCAGAGGGUGUGAUAACCCCCAGCUUCGGCGCCAGUCCCAGCAGUUCAGGCCUCGAGAAAAUCUCCAUUAUCUCGGACAAAUGCAAAGAUCCAUCCAAUGUGACACCUCGCUGCUGGAAAACGAUUUAUUAUCUCCUGGACCUGUACGCCACUCGUCCAGAGACGAAGACUAUAACCCACCGGUUUUCCCUCUCAGCGGAUUCAGAGCAGUAUAAGGGUGGAAAAAAAUACGAGAAUCUUAACGAGACGAAGGACCAGGAUGUCGAGAAGGGAUUGAACGAUCAUUCGUUCACACCAGUUCCACCUCAGAGGGACAUGAAUGUCGUAGCUGGGGAGAGGACACGUCUUAUUAUCUUUGGCGUUGCAAGGAUCCAUCGUACAAGGCUCUUAGCGACCUUGAGUGGUCUCAAACUCGAGGCUGAGAUUACCAGCCUGCAUGCCAGCUUCACAUGCAGAAAGAAAUCCAAACCUGCGAGUCUGGAGUGCAGUUUGACUGGACAAAUUGGGAGGACCAUGAUUGUGUUGCUGGAGGGUGUCGCCCCGAAUCAGCAGACUGUGGUGAAGGUGACAGUGGGAAAGAGCCAGGCCCUGUACUCGAGUGUAUCGAGACGUCAGAAGGAUAAAAACAGUGGGCUGUUUACGAUAGGUGCUGUCAACGUGGAUAUCCCCCAACACCCAGUGGCCCUUCAUGGGAUGAUGACGAGGGGCAGUAAGCAGUUAUCAUCGACACUACAGGAGCUGAGAGUCACGAGAACUUCGUCGAGAUUAUCCAGAGGUCAACAGCAGGAGGACUCAGACGCCCCCGGUAGUCCUCAUCAUUAUGUUGAGAAGCAGAGUGAACCUGAAGAGAAACCAGUGGCUGGACCCAGUCUCCUCGAGCCCAUUGUCAUGCAAUUUCACAUUAUUCUUCAGAGCCUGAGCAUCACUGCUGCCUUAUUACCCUCCCUCCAAGCCCAGUAUAAAAUGGACCAGGUGAAUUCUUCAGGGACCACUGGCAGUAAAGCUAAAUUCACUAUUGAUUUGCCUCAUCACUCUCUGAGUUUCACCACAAAGCUUCAAGUUACUGAGGCUAAUCUGCCAUCAGAGGCUAGUAUCGAGCUGCCAAAGGUUCACGUGUCUGCUGAGUACAUCCAGGAUGGCUCCAGCAGUCUGAAUGACAGUAAAUUAGCUGAUGGGGUUGUUUUGAAGCAGGGAAGCUACCUGAACGCCACAGCCGAUAUUGGGGUCUUCGAGAACUCCCUGACCACUGAUCUACUGAAUCAUCUUGUUUUCGUGCAGAAGGUCUUUAUGAAAGAAGUCAAUGAGGUCGUGCAGAAAGUCUAUGGUGGGGAGAAGCCAGUGCCCCUGUGGCUGGAGGACGAGGAGCCCACUGCAACCUCCAGCUUGAAGAGAAUACUCUUCUCUCUCGUCAUCAGAUUGAAGAGGAUUCAGUUGACUGCAACAACACCAACGAACUCCGCUCUUCGUUUCGAAACCGGUGCUGUGGAAUUCCAGCUCUCCAAUAGGGUUCAGAAUGUUUCGGGCUCUGCACAGCCAAAUCCCAACACCAAACUCUUCGGUAAAGCUCAGCUAGACAUCAAUCUAUCGCUAGGACAGCUGUUGAAGAAUGUGAUGUUCGAGGAGGCAGAGCCAGAGUUCCAGCAAUUUGCGUUCUUCAAUACCAGAGUUGACCUUCGAAAUGCCUUCCAGGAGGAGAUGUCUCAGGAGGCUGACAAUGAAGUUGUUCUGAUAACUCUGAAGAGGCCUCUGAUUUAUAUUCAACCCAUGGCCAUUGACAAGGCCAUUCUCGUCUGGUUGAACUACAAGAAUGCUUAUGAGUAUUGGAACGAGAAGAGAGCAAAUCUCAAUAAGGAAGUACUCACAGCCACUCAGCAGGUAUUCGAGAAAGUUCCAUUUGGACAGUUGACGUCGCAAUUGAGCUCUCAGAAUCUGGGGACAUUGUUUCUGCAAUUAACGGUCGACGAUAUGGGAAUCUGUGUCCCUCUGAAUCCACUUCCUCCCAACAACUGGGGGAUGACGAGGGGAUUGUACGAUGGCGAGUCCAGGGGAGCUGUCGUUGUGACUCUGGAAACUGCUAGCAUCUCCGCAUGCAGCAGUGGGAGCUUGGUCAGCAAAGGGAGAUUCGUGGGACUCUGCUUGAGAUUUGCUGACGACUUUGAGACCUCUCUGGAUGACUGGAAACCUGAUAUGAACGACAGCAAUAUCAUGAACCUCUGUGUCGUGUCUGAAGGGACUUACGAGAUUUGCAGCAGAACUGUGGCACAGAAACAGGACAAAUCUGACAAUGCCAAGUGGCUUCUGAAUGUCCAGUGGCAGAUGGAAGGGGUCGAUAUUCAUCUGGACACUAACGUGGGACAGCAGCUCUCGGCACUGGGGCACACCCUGACGAUGCUCACUGGAUCUGAGGAAGACGACGCCAAUGCAUCAGCUGAUUAUGACAGCGAUGACGUUGAUCAGCCAAAUCUUGGAACUAGCCAGGUUAAGAAAAAAGAGAGCAUCCUAAUAAAAAAAUCGAAGAACUGGACAGACAGCCUCCCAGCCUUUGUCUUUGAUCCCUCCUUAGAUGCCAAGAAGCGUUCAAAGUUAAUUGAGAAGGAAAUGAACGAGCAGGCGAAAAUUAUCAAUGACCUGCGAUCUCUGGGGGCCUCUCAUGGUACCAUCGAGCAGGAGAUGAAGCGUCUAAAGGAGCUGGAGGCAGUGGUCUUCAAGGAUUUCCGACGUGAUAUGAUCCAGAAGCUGAAGAGGCAGUCGGUGAAGGCCUCUGGCAUAAAAGGAAAACUAGGUUUGGAUUCCAAAUCGAAUACUUACAGAUCUAGAUCCUUCAUCGUCCCCUCACCUACUCCAGAGCACCAGUUAGAGUCCCCUGAGGAUCUCAAUGCAGACGUCAACUCUGCUAAUUCCGCUAGCUAUGAAAGCAGCCCUCGAAGUGGUCCCAGUCGAUCCGCAUCGGUCAGGGUGAGGAACCUGGGAGGUCCCAGGGUAACAUUCAGCGAUACUCACACUAUGUGUCGUCAAUCCUCUUUACCCAGUGCCUCGUCGGAGCUCAGUUUGCCUGAGGGUGAGAUUGACUGGCCUCCAGAGACCAUGGAAAUCGAAGGGGAACAGGUGGAACUCAGGAGGAAGAGGCCAGAUGGCAGUUGUGCGUCAAGCUACGACAGCAUGGAAGGAAAUGCUCCCCUGCUCGACUAUUUUGCACGAGAACAGACCUCCACGACUUCAUCACCCCACAUCAUCCCCCAGAAACCCCAGGAGCCCAACAUAGACUUUGAAUUUGACGUUAAAGUUCUCAUAAAUUCUGGGAAAUGUGUCCUCCACACGAAGGAUCCUAAUCGAGAGGAUGAGCUGAAGUUGAUCAGUAGAAUGAAGAAAGAGAGAUCGUGUUCAGGAGGAAAUUUCGAAUUUCAACCAAGUAGUCCGAGUUCCACCAGAAAACACGUGAGUGGAAAGGAGAAAACGUCAUCCACUGGAUCUCGAGUGAGAUAUUUCCAACAUAUGACUGCUGUACCUUUAGUUGAUUUAUCAAUUUUUCAUAUUCCCGGGCUCGACGUUAAGCUUCAUUAUGAAUCUAAAACACUUCCUGAAGACUCAAAUCAACAGCCGAAUCCAAUGUCCCUUCCAACUAGAAAAAUUGGUACGAAGAAGGCGAGUUUGUUGGCUUGGGUGACCCUCCAGAGUAUUCCAGAGGAAACUAUCAUAAGUCCCCACAUUCUUGAGUAUCUGGAGCAGACGUUGGAACCAAUCCCCGGAAAAAUACUUCUCCCAGGUGGUGGACAGACGACAAACUCCGUGUUUCCGAUGGAAAAUGAGAGCUCCUCGUGGGCUGCCACAGCAGCAAGCUCCAACUACGUCUAUGCCAGUUUUCCAGUUGAUGUCAUCGUUUAUUUCCACAGUCAACCAUCGACAUUCAGGUUCUCGUGUUUACCUGUGUCGAGAGUUGAAUGUAUGCUUCAAUUACCAUCCCUGGACAUAGUGGCAUCGAGUAAAAGAGCUGAGGAGGAGCUCCCAGAGUUUAAUGACAUGAAUAAUCACCAAAACAGCACGUCUAGUCGAAGCAGAGAGAGUGAAUCAGCUAUUGGUGGAUUAUCAUUGACAGGCUGUCUCGCUGAUUUUUCAGUGUAUAUAUUUCAUCCUUAUGGGGGUGGCAAGAAGUCAGGACUGAAGGAGACGCAGUGGUCACCACUGUCAGACAGCGAGAGAAAGGAUUCCCUCAGUAUAAACGUUGAAUUCGUCAAAGUCAAUUUAUCAAGAAGUAGAAAAUUAAAGUUCCACAGUGAACAAUUAAGCAAAGGUGGUGAUACCAGCAGAGCUGUCAUCAGGUUCUCAACGAUCGUCGAUAUUGGUUCAGCUUCCUUCAAGUACGACAUGAGGAGAUUAACGGAAAUCCUAGCGUUUCCAAAAGCCUGGUACAGGCGAAGCAUUGUUAGGAGAUUAUUUUUAGGUGAUUUAAGCUCGGGAAUGGCGUCCUAUGAAGGGGAAAACAGUCCCUUGUUGAAUCAGGAGGAGGCAGCUAUGGGCUCAUCACUCCUCAAACACUGUGAUAAAUAUCCUCCUGGGGAUAUGCUCUCGAAGAGUGCUCCCGAACCUAGUCCAACACUCACCAGGGACAAAUUGAGAUUGAGCUUUGACAGUGAGCUUCCAAGGCAGACCAGAGGUCUCAAGGACAUUGGAAGAGGCUGGAGCUUCACCUCAUCGGACAAAUACACAACAAAUUCUGGUGUUAAGAUUCGGGAAUCAGCGUGGGAGACACUGGUGCUAUUUGCUAUUAAUUUUACCAAAUUGAAUGUACAUAUGAAUAUGGGAAAUGUCAUGGGGAAUGUUGCAUGGAUGACCAAAGACUUUCGCUCCGAUGGGAGAUUAUCAAUUGGCAGCACUGGACACAAGAAUCUGUACAUUGGAAUUGGCCUGGGAGGCUCGAGUCUCGAUGCCAAGAGUGGCUUCGUGGGUGGGACAAUCGAUCUCAGUAAAAUCGAUACCUACCUUCAUAUCAGAGAAGAACCUGGCACUGAGCCUGAUCACACACUGGGAUUGAAGCUCUUCGCCCUGGAGCUCAGACUAGACUACAUGGGAACGAGUGUUCUCAUGACCAGAGUCUCCUCCCUGGACGUGACACUCAGGGACGAGUGGAAGAUCAGUAGGAGUAACUCUGGUGAUGCCUUCAUGCCCACCAGAAGACCAGCGAUAAUCUUCAUGCAUGGGGAUCUCGGUUGGGACCAACUUCAGAUUAUGAUCUCCAAGUCAACGACAGCAGAUCUUCUCAAGAUGUUUUAUAAGCUGGAGGAGUUCUUCAGUCAGCAGUUUAAAAGCAGUAAAAGAGUGUUCAGUUCUCUGCAGCCUAGACAGAGAGUAACCAGUAAUUCAUUCAAGAAGAGGGGCCAGAAGAAGAGGACAACGAUGGAGGGACCCUGGACGAUGAACCAGACAGCUCUAUCUGAUGCCAGACAUCACAGACAUUGGCAGCGAGUUUUAGCACAGGUAGCUGGGCUGCAGCUGGGAAGUUUGAGAUUUUCUCUACCCAAUAAUGGAACUGUCCUGGGAGGAACAAUGGAACUUCAUGGAACCAAUAUCAGUCUGGCUUGCUUCCAUGGGAUCAACUUCAAGAGCAAGAACUGGGCGUUAUUCUCACUCAAAGAGCCGUGUAUAAGUUUUGCCACUGAGGCCCAGGAAAUUCCCAACGUUGAGUCUCCAAGUACUUGUGAUGUUCAUGUUGUUCAGACCUUGACGAUAUCACUGGGGCAACAGCAGGAGCAACACGCCAGACAUCACUCCAUGGGAACUGUUUGUAAACUCAGUAGAAGUGUCCUCUUUCCUCCACAAUUCAAGAGCCUUCAGGAGUGGUUUCAUUAUGCCUUUGCCAAUAGCGAGAUUGAUGCUGUUGAUAAAUUCCCUUGUGUCGAGAGGGAGAGAACCGAGCAGAGCACUGAGGGUACCACUGGGGCCAGGGGCAGGAGCACGUCGUCUGCGUCUGGAAAGCUCCAGGAACAUUCACAUGGCAGAGAGGUCAUAUUCGCACUUCCCUCAUUGCAGCUGCAUCUCAAGACUGAACAUCUGCAGACUGCUAAGACACCUGAUGUCAUCGGACUGCCUAAACAUAUUUUGUAUAGUGAAAAGCCACUAGUGGAGUGCAGUUUUAUCACUGAAUUCGAGGACCACAUAUUUGUGACAGUCGAUGCAGAGGCGUUUUUCUUCCUCCACGAUCUUAUCACGUCGUACCUCAGUGAAAAGGAGAGAGUGCAGACAAUGGGGCCUGGAGGAAGAGCUAACAGUCCUGAGAGCCAGGACAAGAGGAGUGGUGCCUCAGGUCCUUCAAAUCCAUCAACGACUCCGGCAAUGUCUGAAGACGAGAGGAGGAGAAAGCAGUUUGAUCCAGCCGAGAUGUUCAUUAAGGACUGGCGUUCGUACAGAUGCAAAACCUGGCAUCUGGAGCCAACGGUGAGGCUCUUGUCUUGGGCUGGAAAGAGCAUUGAGCCUUAUGGAAUAGAUUACAUUCUUCAGAAGCUUGGAUUCUCUCAUGCACGUACCACAAUACCAAAGUGGAUGCAGAGAGGCUUCAUGGAUCCUCUGGACAAGGUUCUGGCUAUUCUUAUGUUAAGAAUGGUUCUUGCGGUUCGUGAAGAGACACCCGAGGACGCCAGGAGGGACAAAUAAGGCAGAUUGUGAUUAGCAGACACUGGAUUAUUAAUUUUUUUUUUCUACUCAACAACAGAUGAAUUUGGGAGAUUACGAAGAAUAUUAUUCCAUACUGAAAAGCUAAAUGGAAUUAUUAAUAAAAUUUUAGGUCAAGAUUUUAGGUCGAGAUAAAAUUAAUUCGACGGAUCUACUGAAUAUCAGUUGAUCUGCGAUGAAUGUGGAAUGAAGGUAAGAUAUUUCAGCUUUUCACUAUUGAAUUUCCAUCGAUAGUCUCAUGAUCUUUUCGAAUGCGAGAAUAUUCGUUUGCGAUGACAACUGUACGAGAUAAUAAUUCGUAGUUAGUAAAAAUUUAGGUGCAAUUAUUACCCAUCGUAUCGCAAGGUUGUGUGGGUUUUUGAAACAAUUGAGCAAUUAUAUCGAGGAAUAAGGGUGUGAAUUAUUAAUUGAAUAAUUUCAUACUUGCAGGUGAUAGUUAUUGAAUAAGAAUAGCGCGAGUAAUAGAUGAUAGGGAAUUCGUCCGAUCGUUCCGUUCUGCACUUCAUAAAAUAGAUCAGUGAUCGAUGUUAACAUAUGAUCGUCAUUGGUGGAACAAAAUAUUCACGAUAAUCUGUACAGCUGUUUGGUGAAUGAGUUUUUCAUGUUUUUGUCCCCCUCACGUAUCAUUUUUAUUGCUAGUCGUAAUUUUUUCGAUUUAUAUCGUAUAUUU